UACGGCCGAGGAGAGGGGAAGCCUACCUACCUACCUGGCUGGCUGGCUGGCACAUCUCUCGUUGCGGUUCGCUCGCUCAGUCAGUGCAAGAAGAACGAGAAAAGGGAGCAGCAGCCAUGACACCGUGCGCCGACCGGAAUAUGUAGUUUCUUUUGGUGAAAAACUAUCGCCAAAUCCGAAAAUGCGGACCAAAUUAGUGUGUGUAGUGAGUGUGCUUGUGCUCGGGGUGGCCAUGUCGCACCAGCAGCCAGCCUCCAGUUCAGGAAGCUGGUCGGCGUCAUCGACGGUGAAGCUGUCCCUGGACCCACCGUUCGUGCUGCCAUCCCCCAGCUCAUCGUUUACCGCCCCGAUGGCGGGUCUGAGCCUGUCCACGACCCAGCAGGCGAGCCACGUAGCGGCCACGCGGGUCAUCCACGACAAGCCGUCCGAGGAGUCAGAGGAGCCCGGCCCGCUGGUGAGGGCGACGAGGGCGGUGGUGCUGGAAGCUGAAGAUGAGCCCAUGCCGCACACGGAUGCGGGGGAGAUGCCGUUUAUGGCGACGGCCGCACGGGCGGCCAGGUCGAUCGAGGCGGCGGCCACGUCGAGGCAACUGGUUCAUCAGUCGGGGGAAGGGCGGAGGGCUCCACGGGUUGGUGUGACCGCAGUGGGGCCCAUGUCGACGAGCAACAGUGCGCGCCGUAGCGAACCGCAAAUCAGUGACAUUCUCGGGGGCAUCGUCAAGCUGUUCGGCGGCGGGCCCAACCCCAUGCCGGCCGUCGUGGCCGGUAUGCCCCCGCCCCGGCCUAUGCGGCCGCAGGGCUCGCGUAUCAACAACCGCGGUCCGCCGCGCAUCACCGACGUCGUCCUGCUGCAGAGCAACGCGUCCAGUACGCCGGCUCCGCCGCCAUUCCCCUUCGUGAGGCCCAUCAGUGGCAUGGAGCCCCCGCCACCCCCGCGGAGGCCUCUCAUGCCGGGAAGGAGGCCCGUUUUUCCAGACGGACCGAUCGAAUUGACGCCUGAGAGAGCGCCUAUCGAGAAGGAGCCGCCCACGACGACCACCGAGGCGGCUACCACCACGUCCACCACGACAACCACCACGGAGGCCACGUCCGAGGCUCCCGAACCCUCCUCCGAAGCCCCUAAAUCUACAACCGAGGCACCUAAACCCACCACAGAGGCCCCCAGGCCUACACCGGAGGUUACAAAGUCGUCUCCGGAGACGCCAGCGCCGAUUACGGAAGCGCCAAUCCUGGAGUCAUCCAUUGCCGAGGUGGUGGCGGCCCCAGUCACCCCGGGGGCGUCGACGCCCCUGCCGGUAACGCCAGGGUGGUACGCCCCGCGACCAGGUCUCGUGCUCGACGACCCUGAGUUCAAGCCUGGUGGCGUUGCGGCCGCAGGGCCGCCACCGCCCAUCAUCACGGCACCCGUGCGGCGUCCCCCCGCGGUUGGAGAGGUCUUCGACGUGACCGUGUCCGCCAUCCAGGGUCCCGGCGGCCAAAUUCAGGGCGGGCAGCACAUCCUGACGCGUCCACAGGCCGCCGGCGCCAACUCACCUGACGACCAGGUGUCGAUCGACGGCCGCAAGACCUACAUCAGCCUGCUGCCCACGCAAACCCUGGAUGAGCCGGCGUCGUCGGCGGCGCCGCCGUCGCCGCAGCCACCUCCCAUUGCUGCCCCGCUGCCGGCGGUCGGUCAGGCGGUGGCCGUGCCCAGCGGCGGCCCGCCUCCAAAGCCGGCUCGACCGACGGCGCCCAAGCGGCCGCCGGUGCGCAUCGACACGUGCAUCGUCGGCGACGCCAACACGUGCGACGCCGCGCAGAACGAGGCCUGCCGAACGGAGGCUGGGGUCAGCUCGUGCCACUGCAAACCUGGACACAGCAGACGGAAGCACCGCGAGCCCUGCCGAAGAAUCGUCUCGUUGGCCCUGAACCUGAGGAUCGACCGAGUAUACGAAAAACGCAUGGCCUGGAACAAGGCUCUCUCCGACUCUGACUCAGAUGAAUUCCAGGAGCUCUCCUGGGAGGCAGUUCGAGCUAUCGAUUCAGCAAUGGGGAUGACUCCAUUCUCCGACGACUUCAUGGGUGCCAAGGUGAACGCGUUCACAGCCGGACCACCGCUGGUGGCCAACAUGACGUUGCAGUUGGCCGAGACGGCCGAGACCGUGCGUCCAGGCGUGCGGAACGACGUGCAGCGCCACCUGAUCGGCGCCAUCACGCGGCGCAACAACAACGUCGGCGAUAGUGCCCUGUGGGUGGACAAGGCGUCUGGCGCCGUGUCCGGCGUGGCCGAUGUGGACGAGUGUGCCAACGCGGAGCUGAACGACUGCCACGCCAAGGCCACGUGUGCCAACAUCUUCGGCACGUACAGGUGCUCUUGCGAGGCCGGUCUGCGAGACCCGUGGGCCGGAAACAUCCAGAGGAGCGGCAGACAGUGCGAGGCGUGUCCGGCCGACUUCUGCAGCAACCGCGGAGAAUGUAGCUUCAGCUCGACUGGAGAGCGGAUCUGUGCUUGCAGUGGAAAUUUCUUUGGCAGCCAAUGUGAGAUGGACGGAGAGGUCUUGGGCGUUGCGAUCGGCGCCGCGGUAGCUGCAGUGCUCAUCAUCGGUUUGACGCUGUACGGCCUGUGCAUGUGGAGCCGCAAAUGGAACCGCGAGCAGCAGAAGAUGGAAAUGAUGUCGACGCGCACCGGCCUCACCUCGCCCGUGUUCAGCUACAUGGCGGCGGCCGCGGCGGCAUCGUCGGCCGCCUCUGUCAAGAACGGCAUGCCGCCCACGACGCCGGCCGCCUACGUGUCCGUCGAGGACAGGCUCAGAUGGGCCCACAUCGCCGACGUCAUGGCGCAGAACCACUACGCGACCGUUGGACAAAAUGUGCCAAUUUUGCCGGCGUGGAAGAAAAAUUUCGUAGGAACCCAAGAGAAACGAAAACUCCCUGAGCCGAACAUGUGUCCAACACGGCCAUCAUCCGCCGUGUUUUAUCCGAGUCUGCCGGUCUUGUACCAGCAGGCGCGGCCGCCGCCUCCUCCAGCCACUGGGCCACCGGACAGCAGCGACGAGGAGGACAAUCAGGGCCUUUUGGGCCGCAACUUCCAAGUGCCGAGGCCCAGAAGUCGGGCAACCUCUAUUGCGAAUCAGAGCGGCAUCUACUACGACCUGGACUUUGAGACACGGCCGGCGCCAGUGCCCGCUCCAAGGUCGACGUUGCCGCGACCGCCGCCCAUCCCGAUGGCCACGUACGGCCAGUUCGCCUUUCGAGGCUGAAUCCAGGAUUGUAAACACACACACAAAAAAACAAAGAAACACACUUAAUUGCUCACAGACAGGACUGGACCAUUGAAUAUGCAUACUUUCGCUGCUUAAAAAUGUUGAUAUUUAUGCGCUACUACAUACAAUGAAUGAUAAUUAUAAAAAGUGAGCCUUUGCAUGACUGAAAUCAAACGGGACAAAUGAGUGUUCGCGACGUGAAAGUGGCGGCUGCGUGUUCAGCGUGUAGAUGACUUUAUUUAUAUAUACAAACUUAAUAAAUAAUGCAGUUGUCAAACAAUA